UCGCAGCCUAGUGGGCGCAUACAGCUGCGCUACGAGCGAGCAUAGCGCUCCUUUACAGGUGCUUAGGUGCAGAUGUACCACGAAAGCUCGUCACCAUGGUGUGAGAGAUACACGGAGGCCGGUGAGUUAUCUGUACAUCGGUGUACAACCAAUGGCUUCUUCUUCACCGUAGCGCUCUACCACGAAGUGUUCGGAGUCACCAGGAAUCACCUCAGCGUUCAGCGCCGUGAUGCUGAGACUCCACCAUCCGGAGGUAUGUAAGCGCGAUCGGGUGGUACAACUGCACGACAUACGCGCGCGCUCGUACCACCUUAACUCCCUCCACCGUCCUUCCCUACUUUCAGGUGCUAGAAGCACAGAUGGCUGGAUAAGCCCCGAGAUACAGGUAUAUAUCUGCUGUUCGCUCCAACGCGCGCGCGCCACAUCCAAGCUAUGCCUACCGCGUCAUGGCGUAUAUUGACGUCGUCGUUGCCCUCAUAUAAAGCGAUUUACGCUUAUGACCGCUGUCUCACACUCUGGCGGGAGGUGGACCUGGUGUGGAGUCGCAGGAAGAUGUCAGUGGCGACCGGUCUCUAUCUGGUGAUGCAUAUAUCCGUGGCGAUGUUCCUGGCUUUUGAGGUGUCUUACACGACGAUCAAGACCUGCGAAGUACGCCACACAGUGAUUGUCAUCAUACACCCAACUUAUAAACUUUGGAUCGUGUACGUCUGGCGAGUCAGUUGCGCCAUGCUGUUCCACGUCGUCUAUGGUGCCUUUACCGCGCUGCGUGCUUACGCCAUCGGCUAUCGUUCUGUGUGGCUUGGAUGGGCAACGUUUUUGUGGUCUCUCGUGGUUGUUGCAAUCGAAAUCUAUGAGGUCGUUGUAUCAGUUCCCGUUAAUGUGCCACAGCCUAUCGGCUGCGUCAUAACGACCAAAGGCAACGAAAAGUUUCUGAGUACAUGUGCGGCAGUCUCUCUUCAUUUGGCGUCAUGGCUUGACUCAUUAUCGCUCUGGUUCGAUCUACUUGAUCCAGUAUUCAUCGCCGGGCAGGCAACUGCCAUCGUGCCCGAGGUACUCCUGAUCGGGGCGAUCUGGCGUCAUGCAUUGCGAGCGGCUGCCAUUAGGAGCCUUCGUCAAUAUUCUUGGCUUGACACUCCAUUCACGACGAUCCUAAUUAGAGACGGUGAGGCGAGUCUCGUUCUUAUAGUACUCAACGUCGUGUGGAGCGCGGUCACUUCAGUCAACACCGGGAUCCUGGCACCUAUCGUCUACUCACUGCAGACCAUCCUGCUAUCGUACUUCUACCUCAACCUACAUGAAACAAACGUAUAUUCCAGUGGCAUGCCUUCCUCGGAGUCAUCGCAACUAUCUGAUCCCCGGCUGGAUGGCUCCGCACCGGAAUCCACAGACACGGAGAACGACCUCGACUGGGAUAGCCGGCUGGAUGAGACAAUGGUCGAGCUGUCGGUAAUCGGGAGACGCUGUUCUGUAGACCGAUCGCAGCGUGUGAUAUGUGCUUCGUCGGUUGGUAGUGUCACGUCAGUGAAUGACAUAUCGACAACAAAGGCCUCGUAGUCUUUCGGCGAGUGCCGAAUUAUGUUGUAUUUCACAUUGUAUAUCGAGCCUGACCACUUGCUAGCGGGCGCACCGCUCAUACCGAUU